UUAUGUCCAUUGGACUCAAAAUUCCACACAGUAAUUUUUUUCCACUAGAAACUACCAGGAAAGCGGUAACUCUACUCUUAAAAGGAAAACUUUCCAGAUAAACUCUGCUGCUAUACUUCAGGAAUCGUUCAUCAUGCCAACUCUCAUUGAAUUGCUGAUAAUUUUGAUCUCAACCUUGGCCCUGCUAUUGCCCAUCUUUCUCUACCGAUCACACAUAUCCAAAGACCAUCAUGAUGUGCCUGAAGCUGAAGGCGGCUGGCUUAUAGCGGCCACCUUCCUCUGUUCAGCGGCAAGGACCUGAUGCACAAAAAGUUGGGCUCCAUGGCCGACAAGUACGGACCAAUUUUCACCAUAAGAUUAGGCUCUCAUCGAGCAAUCGUCAUGAGCAGUUGGGAAGUGGCUAAGGAGUGUUUCACUGUCCAUGACAAAAGGCCUUCACCGAUCGACCAAUGAUCACCGCCACCAAACUCAUGGGCUACAAUGGUGCCAUGUUCGGAUUCGCUCCUUACGGGGAAUAAUGGCGAGAGAUGCGCAAGGUAGCGACGAUCGAGCUCCUUUCGAACCACCGGCUUGACUCACUAAAGCACAUACGAGCUUUCGAGGUCGAGACAGCAAUAAAAGACCUGUUCAAGGCCUGGAUCGAAAAGGGUAGGCCCAGAAAUGGGAUCCCAGUGGAAAUGAAGUCUUGGCUAGGAGAUUUGAUGCUCAAUAUAUCGGUGAAAAUGGUAGGAGGAAAGAGAUACUGCGGUUCGAACGCUGACUGUGACGACGUCGAGGCAAAGAGGUGCCAAAGGUCAAUCAGGAGGUUCUUUGAUCUAUUUGGAGUCGUCGUGUUGUCGGAUGCGAUCUCAGGUCUCGGCUGGUUGGACUUUGGUGGUUAUAAAUGAUCGAUGAACGAGACCGCAAAAGAGUUGGAUGUUUUGGCUCAGGGAUGGCUAGAGGAGCGUAGAAGGAAGAGAUUGUCCCACCCCGGAGGCGAUGGAGAGCAAGAUUUCAUGGAUUUGAUGCUGAAGGUCAUCGAAGGUGUGAAGUUUUCAGACUUUGAUGCCGAUACAGUUGUUAAGGCAACUUGUUUGAACAUGAUAAUAACUGGGACCGACACUUUGAUAGUGGUGCUCACGUGGGCGCUAUCGCUGCUAGUGAACAAUCGCCACGCAUUGAAAAAAGCCAACGAGAGCUGGACACCCUUGUCGGCAAGAGCAGGCGUGUAGAAGAGUCCGACGUGAAGAAUUUGACCUACCUCCAAGCCAUCAAGGAAACGAUGCGUUUCUAUGCACCGGUUCCGAUCAUUAUUUGUCUACAUCUUAACAUUGACAGCCGACCCUGUUAAAAAAAAAAAAAACAUCGACAGCCGACCGAGAAUUUGCUUUUGAGAGACAACGUCAAUUCAUCAUUGUCAUCAUAAAAUCUUUACCAUUGGAUAGAGGAGAUUGGUCAAAGAUCAGCUAGCUCAAGAUAUAUUAAAAUAUCGAAAGCAAAAAUUGUUGGAUGCAAAUUACACAACCCCAAGAUCUCCAUAACUAGAACAAGA